AUGCAUGGCUCAGAAAUUGAAUACUUUACCAUAGUAGACGGUGUAGCAAAUACAUGGAUAACAUCUUUAGAUAGAAUUUUCAAUCGGCAGAGUUCGGAUGUUGAUGAAAACCGGAGCGAAUCAGAUGACGACAGAUCGAUUCCUAAACGACUGCCGCCUCGACCAGAAAAUUCUGUUUCACUUGAUAAAAUUUAUGUUUGCCUCUAUAAUCAUGAUGCUACAACAACAGAAGAUUUCCAUGAGCUUGAAUUUCAAUGCGGAGAUCUUUUAUAUAUUAUCAAUACGGAUGGACCAAAUGUUUACGUCGGCUUUAAAUAUGAAAUUCGGCCGUCUACUGACAAAACACCUCGAAUAGGUCUUGCUUUUAAAGAUUAUAUUACACCAGUAUUUGAAAAAAUUUAA